AUGUCGAGAUACUAUCAGCAGGGUGUCGUGCCCACCCUCAUCCCCCCACAACAUGCAGAGUCCAAGAGGGACAGGAAGAGGAGGGAGACCGUGAACAAGAUCGAGAUGCUGCACGAGGAGAGCUGGAGAGCCCGAGACGAGAAGUUUGGGCAGAUGUACAAAGAGUUCCACGCGGAGAACAAGAUGGUCAACAGCCAACCGCCCACGUCGGCCAAGUUCCUGCUGCACGCUUACCCGGUCAGCGUCGAGCGGGACGCGAGGCUGGAAGCUGCCGAGGAGGAAUUCCAAUACAAGGCGAGCCAAGCGCGCAAGAUGUAUGAGCAGGAGCGAGAGGCCAUCGAGGCGCAAUACUGGGAGUCGCGAGACCAGAUCCGGCAACGCCUACUGGGCUCAAUAGAGGACAGGCGAAAGAGGCUGCGCGAUGAGAAGGAAGGCGGCGAGGUCGUCACUGAAAACUUGCUAGAAGCAGACACCCACAAACCCAAACGCCGCUCCUUCUUCACCCCCUCCUCAGCAUCCACUCCCAUCUCCCUGACCCCCUCGGGUACACGCCAAUCAUCACACUCCCGCUCAAAGUCCCCCUCUUCCAAGAUCAACCCCGCCGACUUGAUGCACCAUUCUUCGCUCACGCCCUCCCUCGCGCUCAUUUCGGCUGAGGAUAUCCUGCCGAAUGACUCGUCUCUGCAUGUGCGUCCAGCGCCGGCAGGGACGACGACGUACGUCCCUACGCAAACAGGGAAGAGAGGCGGACCGAGAGGAAAGGCGGCGACGGCGGAGAAUGGUGGAGAUGGAAAGGAGCUCGCUGCCCCGGGCACAUCGGCUGCCCUCGGUAUCGCUGCCGCCCAGUCGAGUAUUAGAAGUAGGGGCGUGGGAGGUACGAGAGAUCAAACACUGGCGCUGGGCAAGAGUCUGGCAGAGUUGGCCAAGAUGACACAGGCGGCGCAGCUGGAGAUUGACGGGGACUGGGCGAGGAUGCAGGGCAAUACGGGGCGAGGGAGGAGGACGAGAGGCGAAUGA